ACGUUCAGUUGCGCCCUGGUCAUAAAUUCUGGCAUAAAUGCUGUUGCUCUGACGCCGCUGAAUAGGAAUUGAAGCAGCCGCCACUUUCCGCUGAAUUGUUAGUCGUAUAGUACAAAUUGUAUAGGAUGAGCCUCCAAUCCAUCAAAUAUCAGCGCGGGAGCCUGGAGAUACUCGAUCAGCUGCUUCUGCCCGUCGUCUCCAAGUAUCUGCCGGUGCGUGGCGUCGAGGAUGGCUGGAAGGUGAUCAACAAGAUGCAGGUGCGGGGCGCUCCGGCUAUAGCCAUUGUGGGCUGCCUCUCGCUGGCUGUUGAAAUCUAUCCAGAGGAGUUUAGUAGCAAAAAAUCGCUGCGUCAGGAAAUCGAGGGCAAGCUAAACUAUUUGGUUUCCGCACGGCCCACGGCUGUUAACAUGAAAAUUUCCGCUGACGAGCUAAUCACGCUAGCCAACGAGCUCACCAAGGAUGAUGCCAUAACGGUGGGCGAGAUGAAGCAAAGAUUCCUGAAGGCCACCGAGGCCAUGCUGGAAAAAGACAUUGCCGACAACCGUGCGAUUGGCGCUAAUGGUGCUAAGGCCAUAUUGGAGCAUGUGGCUGAGGCGACGGGUGUGGCUACAGCUGGUCCCGUGCGUGUGUUGACGCACUGCAACACGGGGUCUCUGGCCACAGCAGGUUAUGGCACAGCGCUGGGCGUCGUGCGGAACCUAAGCGAGCUAGGCAAGCUAGAGCACGUUUACUGCACGGAGACGCGACCGUAUAACCAGGGCGCACGCUUGACCGCAUAUGAGCUGGUGCACGAGAAGCUACCCGCCACUCUGGUGCUUGACAGCAUGGUUGCGGCGCUGCUGCGCGUGAAGAAUAUUGCAGCAGUAGUCGUGGGCGCGGAUCGGGUGGCUGCCAAUGGAGAUACGGCUAAUAAAAUUGGCACCUAUCAAAUAGCAGUGGUGGCCAAGCACCAUGGCGUACCGUUCUAUGUGGCUGCACCGCUGACCUCCAUCGAUCUGCAGAUACCCAGCGGUGAUCACAUCAUAAUCGAGGUGCGACCCGACCGCGAAAUGACGCACGUGGGCGAGCAUCGGAUUGCGGCGCCGGGCAUUAAUUGCUGGAACCCCGCCUUUGAUGUGACUCCCGCUUCUCUCAUCACUGGCAUCAUCACGGAGCAUGGCGUCUUCAAGCCGGAGGCGCUCAAAGCGGAGAUCACCAAGCUGCUUGGGUUAUAACAGCUGCACAAACUGUUGUUUCUGUUGUUAAUAUUUGCGUUAAAUGAAUGCACUCCAGUUGCAAAAAGCACCGCACAGACAGUCAGAGCCACACGGAACCACAUGCAAAUGGGGAGGCAGCCAGCUGGCUUUUGUAUAUGUAAAUCGGCGCUAAACGAAAAUAUACAAUGCACAUUA